UGACCUGCAGCGUUACUGGAGUUCUGUCAGUACAGACACUGCAGGGUCCAGAAAUAAUUAAGCAGGAUUAAUGAGCUGGUGGAGGAAACGCUGUCUCUGGAAGGGUAAAAAUUUUACUGCAGGAAUCAAAGGGCAAAAUCCACAUGGCGCAGUAUUACUGCUCCUUAAUGAAACAAGAGCCCGACUGUAAGCGAUUCAUUCUCAAGAAACCAGAGAGCUCCUGGGUUGACUGCAGGGAACUCUCUCUCCUCUCAGUUUGGCAACGUGGCGCUGCAGCUCCAGGUGUGGCUGACGGUGGCGCACCGGAGCAGCGGCCCCUCCUGCGCCGCUGCGCCCCGGCGUUGUUUUCCUCUCCUGGAUGAUGAGGUGCGUUAAGAGGCGCCAACAGCACCGCGCCGGGCUGAGGAGGCUGAGGAGGCCGAGGAGGAGGCAUCAUCUGCGGAGGAGAGCAGACAGACGAGCCGCCGCUGUCCCACACAUCCAGCGAGAGACCAUGAAGACGAGCGGCAGCAGCAGAGCUUCACCUGCAGACUGAGACCGGAGGCAGGAUGGCGGGGGGCCGCAGAGGACUUGUGGCCCCUCAGAAUACUUUUUUGGAGAAUAUUGUGAGACGGUCGAACGAUACCAACUUUGUGCUGGGAAAUGCUCAGAUCGUGGACUGGCCCAUUGUCUACAGUAACGAUGGUUUCUGCAAGCUGUCUGGGUACCACAGAGCAGAGGUGAUGCAGAAAAGCAGCACCUGCAGCUUCAUGUACGGGGAGCUCACAGACAAGGACACGACGGAAAAAGUGCGACUAACAUUCGAGAAUUAUGAGAUGAACUCGUUUGAAAUACUGAUGUACAAGAAGAACAGGACGCCUGUUUGGUUUUUUGUGAAGAUUGCGCCCAUUCGAAACGAACAGGAGAAAGUGGUCCUGUUCCUUUGCACGUUCAGCGAUAUAACAGCCUUUAAACAGCCCAUCGAAGACGAUUCCUCCAAAGGUUGGGGGAAGUUUGCCCGACUGACUCGAGCUCUAACGAGCAGCAGAGGAGUCUUACAGCAGCUGCAGCCCACGGUCCACAAAGGAGAGAACGUCCACAAGCACUCGCGCUUAGCUGAGGUUCUCCAGCUUGGCUCAGAUCUCCUACCUCAGUACAAGCAGGAGACCCCCAAAACCCCUCCUCACAUCAUCCUGCACUACUGCCUCUUCAAGACCACCUGGGACUGGGUCAUCCUCAUCCUCACCUUCUACACGGCCAUCAUGGUGCCGUACAACGUCUCCUUCAAGACCAAGCAGAACAACGUGACGUGGCUGGUGGUGGACAGCAUCGUGGACGUCAUCUUCCUGGUGGAUAUAGUUUUGAACUUCCACACCACGUUCGUCGGACCGGCCGGCGAGGUCAUCUCCGACCCAAAGCUGAUUCGAAUGAACUACCUGAAGACCUGGUUUGUCAUCGACCUGCUGUCCUGUCUGCCGUACGACGUCAUCAACGCCUUCGAGAACGUGGACGAGAAUUGGAACCACCGAGCUGUCACUCAAGGGAUCAGCAGUCUGUUCAGCUCCCUGAAGGUGGUCCGGCUCCUCCGUCUGGGUCGUGUUGCUCGUAAACUGGAUCACUACAUCGAGUACGGGGCGGCUGUACUGGUCCUGCUGGUGUGUGUCUUCGGACUGGCUGCUCAUUGGCUCGCCUGCAUUUGGUACAGCAUCGGUGAUUAUGAAGUCAUCGACGAAGAGACCAACAUCGUGCGCAGCGACAGCUGGCUCUUCAUCCUGGCUGAGACGGUGGGCACGCCGUAUCGCUUCAACGCCAGCGGCUCAGGGAAGUGGGAAGGUGGGCCGAACAAGGACUCGGUCUACAUCACCUCCCUGUACUUCACCAUGACCAGCCUGACCAGCAUCGGCUUCGGGAACAUCGCCCCUACGACAGACGGAGAAAAGAUCUUCGCCGUGGCCAUGAUGAUGAUUGGAUCCCUGCUUUACGCCACCAUCUUUGGUAACGUGACAACGAUCUUCCAGCAGAUGUACGCCAACACGAAUCGUUAUCAUGAGAUGCUCAACAGCGUCCGGGACUUCCUCAAGCUUUACCAGGUGCCCAAAGGCCUGAGCGAAAGAGUCAUGGACUACAUCGCCUCCACUUGGUCCAUGUCACGGGGCAUAGACACCGAAAAGGUGUUGCAGAUUUGUCCGAAGGACAUGAGAGCAGAUAUUUGUGUUCAUCUCAACCGGAAGGUUUUCAAAGAGCACCCAGCUUUCCGGCUGGCCAGUGACGGGUGUCUCAGAGCUCUGGCCAUGGAGUUUCAAACCAUCCACUGUGCUCCUGGCGACCUCAUCUACCACGGAGGAGAGAGCGUGGACAGCCUCUGUUUUGUGGUGUCUGGAUCUCUCGAGGUCAUCCAGGAUGAUGAGGUGGUGGCCAUCUUAGGUAAAGGUGAUGUAUUCGGCGACGUUUUCUGGAAGGAGGUGACUCUGGCUCAAGCCUGCGCCAACGUGCGAGCUCUGACCUACUGUGACCUCCACGUCAUCAAACGCGACGCCCUGCAGAAGGUGCUGGAGUUCUACACGGCAUUUUCCAACCACUUCUCCAGAAAUCUGCUGCUCACUUACAACCUGCGAAAAAGGAUCGUCUUCCGAAAGAUCAGUGAUGUGAAACGUGAGGAAGAGGAGCGACAGAGGCGUAAAAAUGAAGCCCCUCUGAACCUGCCACCGGAUCACCCGGUACGAAAACUCUUUCAGCGCUUUCGACAGCAGAAGGAGGCCCGAAUGGCGACAGAGAAACCACUAGAUGAUCAUGAUAUCGAAAAGGGCCCCAUGUAUGUGGACGUCCCGCUGGCGAAAUCAGCCAUUCCAACUAGCAGCAUCGUCACAGUAACAGAGAGCCCAGCAACACCCUCAUCUUCAACGCCUUCAUCUUCAACAGCCUCCAAAUGUACUCCGUCAGACAAGGCAAAGCUACAGGUGCCGUCUCCCAUUUCUCUGGUUGGAGGCCGGCCUGCCGAACCAGUAAAAGCUAAAGGCUGGGGUCGUUUCAAGGAGUCCAUGGCCAAAGCAGACAACUGGAACAAAGUGUCUAAAGCCGAAUCCAUGGAGGUUUUACCCGAACGGACAAAAGUGCAUGAAUCACAGACGUCUCUAAAAAAGACAGACUCAUGUGACAGCGGUAUCACCAAAAGUGACCUGCGUCUGGACAAAGUGGGCGAGUUCCGCAUGACGCCUCAGGACCGCAGUCCUGUCCAGCCUCCGGAGACCAGGCACACCUUCUAUCCCAUCCAAGAACAGACGCUUCAGGCCUCACUUCAGGAGCUCAAGCUGGAGCUGAAGGACGACCUCAUGAACCUGAAUGUUCGAAUGUCCGGCCUGGAGGUGCAACUAACAGAAGCACUUCAGCUCCUCAAAGCGAGGCAGUCGAGGGCUGGCUCUCCGCAGCAUCUUUUUGACAUUUCCAGACCUGCUUCACCAGAACUGGGCAAAGAGGAUAUCUUCUCUUGAGGGAUGGCUGAGUCGUCCGGCAUCAGCUUUCUGUAAACUCAGCUAGAAUCCAGUUACUUGGAUUGCUGAAGCUGCACUGGGUGCACAGUUUAGAUUAGGCAUCAGCGUGGUCUUUAAGAUACACCGGCCUGUAUCGUAUCCCUGUUGGUUACUGAGGGAACGUCGUGUUGAAGUCAAGGUCCAGAUUUGGGCGUCGUAACACUGAGCACUCGGAGGUAAAAAACUGACAGCUCGAUGUUUGUACAUAAGUUUGAUUUAGUUUUCCAUUGCACUAUAAUGGUAAAAUAGCUUGAGUGGUAUGAAUUUAUCUUGAGUCCAAAAUCUGCUGCGGUUUUGAGUCUCUGCAGAAGAACAUUGUCGUAUCCCUGUUGGAAGGCUCUUAUAGAAACAGCAUGACCCACUGGUUUAUUUCUAUGAGAUUCUUUGCAUGUCACAUAAAGUACGUGUGCCUCAAAUUGCAGAUGGUGCAUAUUUUAUUAAUUGAGGCUGCACGUUGAGUCAUUUGCGUUAUUUCACCGUGACAGCGGAGAGGGACGGUCUUUGCAGAUGUUGAAACAGUCUCCGAGUCAUUUCCUCCAGCGAUUGAUGAAUUCUCUUAUUAUAUCAUCUGCCAGGAUCAUAAUGAAUUAUACAACAGAUAACUCCGGCCACGCAAUCUGAUUUUCAAAGACAUCUCUCAGCAAAGCUUAUCAUUUCCAUAAACCAUGGAUAAAUCUGCUCGGUGAAAAAUGGAAUGCAAUUUUAACUUGUGUGGCAGCAGUCAGCUAUCUCCUCUGCAUUCUUGUCAUUCUCUUAUAUAAACACCACAGCCGGUGAUCUAUUUCUCUAUCUAUAUAUAAAUAUAUGUAUUGUAUGACAGCCAUGCAUUUUAGCUUUGGUGAUGCACAAUUAGGUCAUGCAGAUGGUGCUGCUGCCGCCCCUUAUUUAAAAAACGGACAUGAACUUAGUAAGGAAUGCAUUUUUUACAUAAUAUUUCUGAAAAUAAUUAAUUUAUGUAAAAUAAAACGAGCUGUCACAGAGUCAUCAGAGGUUUGUUCUUGGAAGCAGGCCGGGGUACGUGGACUGAUGAUUUUUGCCUUUUGACGGCCACUGAGGUAAAUUUUUACAUCAGUUAGCAUGCACGAGUUAAAAUACAAAAAACAUCAUCGCACUAUGAGUUAAUAA